GGAAGAGCCGAGAGAGAAGGGAGGGACGAGGAAGAAGAGCAGCAAGGAGGAGGGAGACUAGAGAAAAGAAGAGAGACAGAUACAAAAUAGAUGAACAGAUAACCAGUUUAACAGUCAGAUAACCAGUCAGAUAACCAGGUAAACAGUCAGAUAACCAGUCAGAUAACCAGGUAAACAGUCAGAUAACCAGUCAGAUAACCAGGUGAAUUCAGGAGGAACGUCUUUGAUACAGAUGGAGUCUGAAGAGAAUCUAAUCAAUGUUUUUCUGCUGCUGCUGAUCGGAUCCCACUUCACCGUGGUGGGUCCUUCUGCCCCCGAGGAGGGCUGGCAGGUGUACAGUUCAGCUCAGGACCCUGAGGGCCGAUGUGUUUGUACGGUUGUGGCUCCGCAGCAGUCCGUCUGCUCCAGAGACGCCAGAACCAAGCAGCUCAGACAGCUGCUGGAGAAGGUUCAGAAUAUGAGUCAGUCUAUCGAGCUCCUGGACCAGAGGACUCAGAGAGAUCUGCAGUUCUUGGAGAAGAUGGAAGUUCAGCUGAAGGGUCUGGAAAACAAAUUCAAACAGGUGGAAGACGGACACGAGAGCAACAUCGCCAGACAGUACAAGUCCAUCAAAGCAAAGAUGGAGGAGUUGCGUCCUCUGAUCCUGGUCCUGGAGGCCUACAAGGAGGACGCUUUGCUGGUCCGACAGUUUAAGGAGGAGGUGGCCAAUGUGACAGAGCUGCUGGGAUCUCUUCAGGAACAACUGGGAGGUCUGGACUACCAGGAGCUCCACAGUCGAGUGAUGGACCUGGAGGACCGGCUCAGGGCCUGCAUGCAGAGGCUGGCCUGUGGGAAGCUGACAGGGAUCUCUGAGCCAAUCACCAUCAAGACGUCUGGAUCGAGGUUCGGAUCAUGGAUGACCGACCCCCUCGCUCCGGCUGGAGACAGCAGAGUGUGGUACAUGGAUGGUUACCAUAACAACCGCUUUGUGAGGGAGUACCAGUCGAUGAGUGACUUCAUGACGACGGAUAACUUCACCUCCCACCGCCUGCCCCACCCCUGGUCUGGUACUGGUCAGGUGGUUUAUAACGGAUCCAUUUACUUCAACAAGUUUCAGAGUCACACGAUCAUCAAGUUCGACUUCAGCUCGUCGCUCAUCAGCCGCUCCCGACAGCUGGACUUCGCCGGCUACAACAACAUGUACCAUUACUCCUGGGGGGGGCACUCCGACAUCGACCUCAUGGUGGACGAGGGAGGGCUCUGGGCCGUCUACGCCACCAAUCAGAACGCUGGAAACAUCGUCCUCAGCCAGUUAAACCCAAACACUCUGCAAAUCAUCCGCAGCUGGACCACCAACCACCCGAAACGCAGCGCCGGCGAGGCGUUCAUGAUCUGUGGAACCCUGUAUGUCACUAACGGCUACUCGGGUGGAACAAAGGUGUACUACGCCUACUCCACCAACUCCUCCACCUACGAGUACAUCGACAUUCCUCUGACCAAUAAAUACAGCCACCUGUCCAUGCUGGACUACAACCCCCGAGACAGAGCGCUGUACGCCUGGAACAACGGCCACCAAGUCCUUUACAAUGUCACUCUAUACCACAUCAUCCAGUAACACGGUCACGGAAUAAAGACUUCACAGGAAUCCUCAUGAGGAUCAGGUCUGUGUCUCUAGGGAUGUUAGCCUAGCUUAGCAUGGAGAUCAGGUGUGACUGGUAAACAUGUUGCAUGUUGUUAGUGAACCAGUCCAAAGUGUAUUCAGCUCCACUCAGCUCAGGACAUUUGGGAUGGUUAAUCAAUAGUUAAUCAAUAGUUUACACAGUUAAUGCUGCUAAAACCACAACGUUUAGAUUUGAUAUUUCAAUUUUAAACCUCUAAAAUGUAAAAACAUGGAAAUCCGACAGCCUCAGAUUAGCGUGAUGGAGCUGGGCUAGUGGUUUCCCUCUGCUUCCAGUCUUUGUGCUAAGCUAUGCUAAACAUGUCCCGUCUCUGUUCUGGAGCGUUAACUUAGAUCUUAGAUUUGAGCUCUUUCAUUAAAUGAACGUUUCAUUUUGGUCUCCUGUUGUUUUUUGGUUAAUUAACUAAAUAUUUGACACAAAAGCUUUUGAAAAGUAAACAAAGAAAUCAGAAAUUGUCUUUCACAAGAACACUGAAUAUGAUGAGACUACUGUUCUUACUCUGAAGUAAUAAUUAUGAGAACAAUGUAUUUUCUUACUAUUGUGUAUUAUACAGAGAUUUAAAAAUAACAUGGACUGUUUAUUCAAUUCCCUGUUUUAAAUCACUUGUGGUACAUUGAAUAGUGCUACUCCCUUUUCACGUGAGAUCUCAAAGCAUUAUGGGAGAUAAUCCUCUUACUGAAGUCCUGUCAGAUCACUGAACUGAAGCUGUAGCUCAUGGGGAGAGUGGUCGUCAUGGUAACCACAAGGUCUCCGGUUCAAUCCCCGCUCUCCCCAGAGUUCAUGUUGAAGUG